AUGGGAGAAUUAUUCAAUUUCAGUUCAAGUGGUUCCACACUCAGUAGUGAAAGUUGGGCAGUGGGCAGUGGUGGGGCUGCGAGUUGCUCUGCAGCCUCAAGCAGUGGCAUCGCUACAAUGUCCUCCGAUGAGCCCAAUGCUGAUCCUUUAUUAACUAACGAUGGUGCGUCGUCAUCGUCAACGACAGUAACCGAAACGAUUCUGAUGCCGUCAACAUCGAAUAACUACCCGUCAUUCACUAACAAUACUCUUACUUCCGGUACAACUCAGCAAUUCAGCACGGAUAAAUCCGCGUCUCCAAUCGCAACUACAAUCACAAACACAUUCUCUUGGCCAUCUCCCGCUGGUCACUCCCUCACUUCGGUUUCGUGCGUCUCCUCAACAAAACCAUCAGAUGUUAUUUGUAAACCAUGGCGUAAUCUCGUUAGUCAAAAUCGCAGACGAUACAAAGGCGAUCACUUUGAUCUCGAUCUGACAUAUAUAACCGAUCGUAUAAUAGCGAUGGGAUUUCCAGCGCUUGAUCAAGAGAAAAUCUAUCGUAAUGAUAUGAAGGAGACUGUAAAUUUCUUGGAACGUUAUCAUGCCAACCAUUAUAUGGUUUUCAAUUUACGUGGUCAUCAUAUCUACAACCCAAGUUAUUUUCAUAAUCGUGUAAUGAUGUUCGAAAUGAACGACCAUCAUCCGCCAAGACUUGAGUUAAUGGCACCAUUCUGUCGUGCGGUACACGAUUAUUUGGCUGCGGAUGAUCGUAACGUAGUGGCAGUCCAUUGUAAGGCGGGUAAAGGCCGUACCGGUGUGAUGAUAUGCGCUUACCUCGUUUAUAUUAACUUUUACUUAUCGCCCAGGCAGAACAUGGAUUAUUACAGCAUUGUACGCACUGUCAAUAAUAAGGGUGUAACAAUUCCUUCUCAACGGCGUUACGUGUAUUAUUUUUCUCAUCUGAGGAAACGAAAUCUCAACUAUAUGCCAUUACGCUCUGAGCUAAUUGGCGUUUAUUUUGAACGACCUCCAUCGCUAAACGGGCUUCUCUAUGAUGGUGCAUUUCGAUUGCGUGUAGCAAAUGGUGAUGUAGAUGUUUUUAUACCCGGACCGUUGAAAUUGAGUGGUAAACGAUUCGACGAGGAAGAACAGAUCUGGAAACGUUUCUCAUGUGGGGUCGGUGAAGAUCAACACGACCCCUAUAAUCCACAGCCAGGCAGGGAUUGCAUUUCAAGACGUUGUUACGGUUGGACUGUACCGUCAAAUAAGCGUGUCUUCAUCGAAGGUGAUGUUCGUGUGGAUCUCUACGCGAAAAAAUGCGUUAAGGGUUUAAAUUGGACAUUGAAAGAUCGUGAGAAAUUGGGUCAUAUAUGGUUCAAUACUAUGUUCACUUGCCCGGAGUUCUGUGGUGGUGCGUAUAUGCACGGUGAUGAAGCUUAUCCCUAUCCCAAGGGAGGAACGACGAUUGUUAAUCGAUGGCCCAAGGUGGCUGAGAAGAGUUCGUCAUCAGGGCCACCGUCGCCAUCAUCUGAUAUCGAAAAGACCAGUACAAGUGCAUUAGAAGAGGUUACAGAGAUACAGUCAGGCGAGCAACACCAUCAAUGGAAGAGUAAACAGAAGAAGAGUCACAAAAGUAGAUCAUUACAUUCGAGAAGAAAAGGUGAUGAUGAUUUAUUAUUACCGUACUGUGAUAUAGAACAUCCACCAGGAAUGGAUGCACACUGUCCUCAACACUGUCUACCUCUUAUUUAUCCCUGCGAACGUGGACGAAAACCACCACGCGAAGGCAUUAAGGAGAUGCUACGUGAUGCGCAUCUCAAAGAUAUCAUUGCCGAUCAUUACAAUCAACGACGUCAGUUGAUGACUGUUGGUGAUCUGAUUCCUAGAGCACCAAUCGGACGACCAGAUUGCAAUGGACCCUACUGCUUAAUGCGACAAUCCGAUGAACACGUUUUAGAAUUUAGCGUUCUCGAAAUCGAUCGCGCAUUCAAAAGUGACAAAUUCGAUGUCGGCACUAAGGUCUAUAUUGUGGUACGUUGUGUUAACGUCGAUGAUCCAUCCGAAGCGGAACUUGCUGAGAAAGCCAUCCAAAAAAUUCAUGAGGCUCAAGUGAAAAUCGAUGCUGCGAAAAAAGAGGAGAUGCGACGUAAGAGUGGUACGGCACGAGGUUGUGAUAACAUCUCAGAUAGUACUUCAUCACAGUCAUCGAGUUCGUUGUCUGGUGACGUGCUCAACGACCAGCCGUGGAGGGAUGAUCCACGUGUUGAUGACCCUUUUUUGAGGCGUUACUUCUUCAAGCAGCGAAGGGAUUCAUUCUCGAAACACCCACCCGUUGAUUACCGGUUACUGCUCACUUUUCGUUUCAUUUUGAAGUGUCCUUUACAAGAGUCGAAUCGUACCUCAACAUUAUUAUCAAAUCAUAGCAUAUCGAGGGGGUAUGAAAGGAAGGCGGCUCUACAACAACAAUCCAAUGGCGUUGCUAGUGACUCUUCACUGAAUGUUGUUGAAAGUACGAACUACUCUACUACGAAAAUGUCUAGUGAGAACCUUUUGAUGGAUAAUGCGUUUGAAGAUUUCCGCGAAACUCAAGACGGUCGUUGGCUCGACGAAUCCUCAGAGGUUGGUGUGAAUGCAGUUAUUUCCGAAUAUCUGCUGCUUUUCUUGAAUCCGACUACCACUAAAUUGUGA